CGCCGCCGUCGCCAAGGUAUCGUCCGUCGCUGUCUUCUGCAGUCCACGACGCGCUCUAUUCAUACUGGAGACUGCCUGCUCCCACCCGUUCAUCGCUGCAGUCGAGUGUACCCAAGUUCCGAGUGGACGUCGAUGGAGUCGUGACUCUGGACUGGAAUUCGUGGCUCAGUCGUGUCAAAGCAGAUGUAGCCAUCACGAAUGAGAUCGAGGCGACGUGGGCUCUAGCUAUUGAGGCAGAACACUUCACUACUACUAAUGAGGUCGUAGACUUGGGUCGAGACAGUCGAUCUCCCAGUUGGCGAGCAGUUCGAGGCUUGACCCAUUCCACUUCACUGGGAAAAGUGGCCGAGAUGCUGCGAGACGAGAGCGGCGAGUUCUUCUUGGCGUUCGUGGUGGGGGUGACGAUACUGGAGAAGGCACUGUACGAUCUUCACGACCAGAGAUCAUCGCCUUCUGGACCCGUGAAGAAGAAGAAGAACAUGAUUCUGAGAGACUUGCUGCACUCGGGCACGCUGGAGGACGCCCUACCGCCCGGUUUGUUGCGGCUGCUGAAGGUUCUGUUCCUCCCGUCGGGUCUGAACCUGCGGAACUUGGUGUGGCACGGCUUCAUGGCUCCUGCCGAGUUCCCCAAGUGCUUUGGCUGCCUCACGCUGCUGCUCAUCAUGGCACUGCCGAGGUUGAUCGGGGAGGAGGAAGAUGGCGAGUUGAACCAGGAUCCCAUCGCUGUGCUUCGUCAUGAAACGCCAGCGACGAGGAGUGAAGUCAUCCGGAGGUGGUCCACUGCUGCUUUCGUUCCUAUGGGGAGGUCGAAUCUGCUACGACGUGCGAUUGAGGCUUUGGUGGAUCGAGGAGACGAGUUGUGGUUCCUGUUCGCUAUUUUCCCUGUAUUGGAGCACGCGCUGCGAAUUGAAUUUCUCCGUCUGAAUCAGGAGCGCGCUGGAUUGUCCAGUGCCUACGGUUUGGCACAGAUCGACGCGUACUACUCCACUCUGGACGGCUUCGGCCAGAAGGACAAGCACCAAGUGCUGCUCCACCCUGUGGUUCUAGUCGAUGGUGGUGACAGCGAUGAGCGUGUUGGGGCUGAAGCAGAUGACAGUCCAAACGACUCAGUGACGAACGCUUUGUACGAGGAAUUACCCUUUGCGUCUCUGGCUGUGCUGCUGGAUCUCUUCAUGAUGUCGAGUGGGCCCAAUCUUCGUGCCAAGCUUUGUCAUGGCGAGGCUAAUCUGGCAGGUUUCCUCUCAAACUGGAGCCAAGGUGCUCCUUCAGCUUCAUUUGGCUCAGCUACAACAUCUUCCUUUCACCCGUUCUACCGCUUACACCGCGCUCUUAGCGCGGUUUACAAGGUUGCGCUGGACUUCGCAGCUUUUCGAGAGCCUUAUACAGCGUAUCGUCUGGAAGAAUUACACGCGGCUGAUCGAGUGGCAGAGUUUCAAGCAGCGUUGGCAGUAAAGGAAGACGCUGGAACUCAAUCACUUGCCACGAAGAAGAAAAAUAAGAGCUUCGCGUCCUUGAUCGGGCAGCUCAAGGACCAGUUGGAGAUAAUUGCGACUCGUAUCCAGAAGGACUUCGAGGUAAAUCACUGCACAAACAACGGAGUUGGUCGACGCAGCGUCUUCCUCAGCCGGAGCCUGUUGGCUUUGAGUGAUCCAGAUGGGCUCAGCGUGGCUUCGUGCAUGAUGGAGGUCAUCGCGUGCUGCCAGCGCUCCCUCCAGACCUUUAGAGAGCGAAUCGAGCAGCUCCAGCAGCUCGUGACGCAAGGAAAAGCUCGGACGAACCACCGGCGCUCGUUGCUCACGAGUAUUUUCUUCCUCCCAGUCUUCGAGCGCAUGCAGCUAGUGAGUCUAAGCAUCGUCGAGCAUCAGUUGCUGCACCUACACGACCGCAAACUCCUGCAGUGCAUCACCUCGUUCGAAGGCUGCACGGGCAGCACUGAGGCGUCUCAAAAGAGUGGCGAACAGGCAGUCGAACGAGCGUUGCAGUUCUUGAACUCAAAGGCGAUGAAAGCAGCGUUUCCUUCAGCCUUCGACAUGAGACGAAGAGCAAAGACGAUAGAUGAAUGA